UAUUUAUUUUAGGGUAAAAAAUAUUCGGCAGACGACUGAAUUCUUUCUCUAACCUCUCCAAAGCCAUAUUGGCUCUAUCAUCUCUCCGAGUUCCUCCCCCUCUCCCCGUCGGUUUCGCAGCGCAUGCUUUUUUAACCAAUUUCAGACACCGCGCGCGUUCCGCCGCCUAAAAUGGCAUUUUGUAGGUCUCAGUAGGGUUCGGCUGUUCUGCUUCCUCAGAGUUUGGAAGCUUUCAGUGCAUUCAUCAGUGACUGAAUAAAAAAGGACAUGAACUUGCAUGAUUCAGUGAUCCCAAAGGGUAGAUCAAAUGAGACAAUGUGCCGCUCAGGGAAAGAAGAGAAAAUGCAUUCCCACGAUCGGGUGGAAACAUCAAGUGAGAUGAAGAAGGAUAAAUUGAAUAAUACAAGAUAUUUUAUUAUCAAGAGCUUGAAUCAUGAAAAUAUACAGUUGUCUGUAAAGAACGGCAUUUGGGCAACUCAGGCAAUGAAUGAGCCCAUUCUUGCAGAAGCUUUUCAAAACUCUGGCAAGGUAAUUCUUAUAUUUAGCGUCAACAUGAGUGGGUUCUUCCAAGGGUAUGCCCAAAUGAUGUCUUCCAUAGGUAGGAGGAGGGAUAAUAUUUGGAGUCAAGGCAGUGGGAAAAAUAAUUCUUGGGGACGCACCUUUAAAGUCAAAUGGCUGUGUUUACAUGACUUACCUUUUCAGAAGACUCUCCAUCUGAAAAAUCCAUUGAAUGGCUUCAAACCUGUCAAAAUCAGCAGAGAUUGUCAGGAGCUGCCUGAGGAUAUUGGUAAAGCUCUUUGUGAACUUCUUAAUGAGGGAGGUGAUAUGGAAGUUUACUUAAAAAGGGAUGAGAUAUCUGGGGAGAAUUUUUCUGCAAGAAGACCUUAUGAAGAGCCUUGCAUAAAAGAUGAGGAUUUUAAUGGGCCUCCUAUACAAAUGGCACCCUUGCUUUAUCCGUCUUUAUUAUAUCAACUUCAAGCUGAGGAAAGUAGACUUCAGUUGCCUCACCAGAGUGCCAGUGUAAUGUAUAGUAAUUCCUCAUUUGUUCAUGCGGCAAUCAAUGUAAAACAAUCAAAACACUGUCAAAUUAAUGGAAGCAUGACAAGCGGGAUUGACAUUACUUCUCAAACUAAUAGUUGGGGCUUGUCAGGGACAAGAAUCCCUGUUACUGGAACUCUCACUGAAGAUGAUAUACUCGAAAUGACAUAUGAAGAAUAUCUAGAAGCUCAUGCUCAAGGAAGCAAAAGAUUUCUUCACUCUGCCUCUGGAAGGUCAUCCAGCUUGCAGAAGUCAUCAUCAAGUAAAGAACGCUCUGAGGAUUCCAGGCACACAGCCAGCAGUUCAAAGAAAAGGAAUUACAGCCAGUCACUGGAAUGAAGGAAAUAAACAGGAGGGUGUCUCGAUCAAAUUUGUUCUGUACUAUCAUUACCUGCAAUGUUUCAUUACUCUUCAAACUCUUAUCACCUUUGAGCCCUGAAACUUGGAGGAGUUUGACGCUUAAUUCUUGUAUAACAUAACUAGAUCCGCAGCACCUGCGCUAUAUGUCCCCAUUACUUUGAUCAUUGUGGUAAGCAAUGAACUUUGUACAUAAGAACAUGUAUAUCUCCUUCUCUGCUUA